UAAAGGCGACACAAGAAUGACCUAUGCGCAGGUGUUGGACGCUCAAGAGUCUGGGGCCCCUGCCAGGAGGGGAGGAAGGGGUGAGACCGAGGCCCCGUGUUCCCAUUAGUAAUAAAAUACGUUGAACAGGCCCGUGGGAGCCGGGCUCUGGGGUUACAGGUCCCCACUCACUUGAUGCUCACGAACCACCCCACCAGGUAGAGCCGAUUAUUCUCAUUUUACAGACAAUUCCCCAUCUAUGAGACCAGAGAACUUAAGGGAUGUGCCCAAGGCCACCCUCGCAGCUCUGAAAUCUGAAUGGAGCGCGGCCUGUGACUCACGCCAGACUCGAACCCACAAGGAGGGAUGGGCAAAGGCAGCUGCGGGGAGGAGACGAGCAUGUGGCUGGCCGGAAACUAGUGAACAGGGGAAAGGAGACGAGAGAGAGGCCGGUGCGGGUCUCGGGGCAGAGGAGAGGCCGAAUGCCCAGACUGGCAGGGAGGAGGGACGGGACCCCAGAGCCGGGGGAAGGGGACCCGAACCCCGGAGUCGGAGGCAAGCGAGGGCCGGACUCCCGGGGUCGGAAAGAAGAAGGGGCUGGACCCUCUGGAGCAGAAGAAUGAAAGGGGUCGCAUCCCGGGAUCCCGAGGGGGCACCAGGCCCGCCUCCCGGUUGGGGCCCGCGGGGGCGGGGCGCGGAGGGAUCCGAGCGGGCCGUGCUGCGCCGCCCCCAGUAUAUCUGUCCCCAAUCCCCGGGGCCGCCUCAGUCCCCGUCUUCAGCUCACGAUCUCUCCUCACACUACCCCGAGGCUACCUCCGCCCGCGUAGCCCCGACCAUGGCUCUGUAGCCGCCACCCCUCCGCGCCCACGGGCCCCUCUCCGCGCUCACCGCGCCUGCGCUCUCCGCUCCCGCCUUCCUUCUUCAGCCGAGGCCGCCGCCGCCUCUCCUCUCCGCAGCCAUGGAGUCCUCCACUUCCGCCUUGGUGCCUGUCUUCGCCCAGCUGAGCAACGUCCAGAGCCUCCUCCCUGCUGUCGGUGCAGCCUCCUUCGUUGCCAUCCGUGCCCAGCACCUGUGUUGCUGCUAUGUCACUCCUGGCGACCCUGGGGCUGGAGCUGGACAGGGCCCUGCUCCCAGCUGGCGGGCUGGGCUGGCUUGUAGACUAUGGGAAACUCCCCCUGGCCCCUGCCCCCCUGGGCCCCUAUGAGGUCCUUGGGGGAGCCCUGGAGGGCGGGCUUCCAGGGGGGGGAGAGCCCCUGGCAGGUGACGGCUUCUCUGACUGGAUGACUGAGCGGGUUGACUUUACAGCCCUCCUCCCUCUGGAGCCCCCCUUACCCCCAGGAGCCCUCCCCCCACCUUCCCCACCCCCACCUGACCUGGAAGCCAUGGCCUCCCUCCUCAAGAAGGAGCUGGAGCAGAUGGAAGACUUCUUCCUUGAUGCCCCACUCCUCCCACCAUCCUCCCCGCCACCGCCACCACCACCGCCACCACCCCCAGCACCCUCCCUGCCCCUCCCCCUCCCCACCUUUGACCUCCCUCAGCCCCCUGCCCUGGACACCCUUGACUUGCUGGCCAUCUACUGCCGCAGUGAGGCCGGGCAGGGCGACUCGGGGUUGGCGCCCCUGCCUCCCCCACAGCAGCCCCCUCCUCCUCCACCUCAACCCUCUCGCGCGGCCCCCUACCCCCAUCCUGCCGCCACCCGAGGGGACCGCAAGCAAAAGAAGAGAGACCAGAACAAGUCGGCAGCUCUGAGGUACCGCCAGAGGAAGCGGGCAGAGGGCGAGGCCCUGGAGGGCGAGUGCCAGGGGCUGGAGGCGCGGAACCGGGAGCUGAGGGAGAGGGCUGAGUCGGUGGAGCGGGAGAUCCAGUACGUCAAGGAUCUGCUCAUCGAAGUGUACAAGGCUCGAAGCCAGAGGACCCGCAGCAGCUAGCCGGGCAGGGGCUUUGGGCGGUAGGGGGCGCUGGUCCUCAGCUCUGGGUCACUUCUGUUUUCCGGAGCUGAGGAGGGAGGGUCCCGGUCAUCCCUUUGCCUCCACCUUCAUUCCAAACAUCCCUCUCCCCCCGCCCCCCGCUUUUAUCCUUGUCCCCUCUCUUGUCCAUUUUGCUCCCCUCGUCCCUCCCCAGAAUCCUGGAAUGUUUGGCCAUAGGAGUGACGUCUACACUCCUCAAGGAAGAGCUGGGGGGCUGAAGCCCACAGGGGACUCGGGGAGCAGGGCAGAGCUUGGAAACCUGGUCUCCAACAGGGACUCGAGGGCAGGAAGCUAUGCAGAAUCACUAUGCAAAUGAGGAAGGGGAGCCAUCGGGGCCACAAGGGAGGGUUUGAAGAAUGGCACCCUUGUAAUAAGCAAAAAAAAAACAAGCCAAGGGACCUGGGGGAGCUCCAUUUGGGUGGGGAGCCGAAAGGCGGCUGAGCUCACAGAGCAGGUGGCUAUGCAGGCAGAUGGGAGGCAGGCGGGGGGGGGGGGGGGGGGGUGGGGGCCCGUGGGGGGGGGCGG